AUGUUUGGAUUAGGAGGAGCACCUCAGAUUUCUUCUCAGCAGAAGAUUCAAGCUGCCGAGGCAGAAUUGGAUAUGGUUACAGGUAUGUUCAACCUGUUGGUUGAGCAAUGCCAUCAAAAAUGCAUUAAUAAGAGCUAUGCUGAUGCAGAUAUCACGAAGCAAGAGGCAUUAUGCUUAGAUAGAUGUGUAUCUAAGUAUUUCGAGACUAACGUUCAAGUUGGGGACAAUAUGCAAAAAUUGGGCCAGUCAGGUCAAUUUAUGGGGAGACAGUAG